ACUUGCACUUUCAAUGAAUGAACACAAAAAGAUUAAUGUAUUUAUAGAUUAUGAACACAGUAAGUUGUCCUACUUUUGAUCUGUCACAUGAUUUCUGGGAAAAAUGGUACGCAAACUUUGCUGCAAUAUUUUGUGGUUGGGAUUUUAAAUAAAACCGCUUCCUAGCUGCUAGUUUUUAUACUGGUAUAUAUGUUCUCUCAUAAUCCCUUGCAGGGUGAAACUAAAAUGUUGAAUAGAGAACAAUGGCUUCUGAUAUGUCAAGAUCUGUAAGAUUUCAUGAUGAUCCUGAAACAGAGAACGUAAAAGAAAGCCCAGAAAGUAACUGGUCAAUUCUGGCCUAUGAGAUGAGUGACAAAAGGAAGUUAAGGAAGGAUGCAAGAGAAGUUUCCAGGGUAUUUUCUGAGGAUUAUGAUGCAGCAGAGAUGUUGGUGUUUGAUCCUAGAGGGCCUAGAAUAAAUAGAUGGAACAAAAUUUUCUUAGCAGCUUGUUUGGUUUCAUUAGUUGUGGAUCCCUUAUUCUUUUACUUACCAGUGGCUAAGAAAGAUAAGUGCAUUGACAUGUCUCUUGGACUUGAAGUGUCCCUAACCAUAAUCCGAUCAAUGGUUGAUGCAUUUUACAUUCUUCAGAUUUAUGUUAGGUUUCAAACUGCUUAUAUUGCUCCUUCCUCUCGCGUUUCGGGCAGAGGAGAGCUUGUUUUAGACUCUUCAAAGAUUGCAUCAAAGUACCUCAGCAGAGACUUCUGGAUUGACCUAGUGGCUGCUCUACCACUUCCACAGGUACUGAUUUGGGCAGUGAUUCCAAAUCUAAAGGGUUCACAAAUGAUUGCUUCAAGGCAGAUUUUUCGCCUUGUAGCCAUUUUCCAGUACCUCUUGAGGUUGUAUCUUCUUUAUCCUCUGUCUUCUGAAAUCGUCAAGGCAAAUGGGGUAAUGAUAGAAAAAGCUUGGGCCGGGGCAGCAUAUAAUCUGACUCUCUACAUGAUGGCAAGUCACGUUUUAGGAUCCACUUGGUACCUGUUAUCGAUUGAACGGCAAGAUGAAUGCUGGAAGAAAGCUUGUGCACUUCAGUACCCAAACUGCAAGUAUCAUUAUCUUGAAUGUCAAAGCAUAGGUGACCCAGAUAGAGCUGCUUGGUUCAGAUCAAGCAAUCUCUCAGGUCUAUGUGACCAGAACAGUGAUUUCUUUCAAUUUGGCAUUUUUGCUGAUGCUCUUAAUCUAGAAAUUACGAGCUCAAAAUUCUUCAACAAAUACUGUUAUUGUCUUUGGUGGGGACUGAGGAAUCUAAGCUCUGUUGGACAGAAUCUCAUAACAAGCACACAUGUUGCAGAGAUCAAUUUUGCUGUGAUUGUUGCGAUUCUUGGAUUGGUGCUUUUUGCAUUGCUCAUAGGCAAUAUGCAAACCUACCUACAAUCCACCACUAUGCGGCUAGAAGAAUGGAGAAUAAGAAGGACAGACACGGAAAGAUGGAUGCAUCACAGGCAGCUCCCUGGUUACCUGAAGCAAAGUGUGCGCCGCCAUGACCAAUUCAGAUGGGUAGCUACUCGAGGAGUAGACGAGGAAGCUAUUCUCAGAGACCUUCCUGCGGAUCUCAGACGCGACAUAAAACGCCACCUUUGCCUUAAUCUAGUCAGACAAGUACCAUUAUUUGAUGACAUGGAUGAGAAGAUGCUAGAUGCAAUAUGCGAAAGGCUGAAACCUUCUUUGUGCACACCAGGCACGUGCCUAGUCCGUGAAGGUGACCCUGUCAAUGAGAUGCUCUUCAUCGUAAGAGGUCGCCUAGACUCUUGCACCACCAACGGCGGUAGGACCGGGUUCUUUAACAGCUCCGGACUCGGCUCCGGCGACUUCUGCGGCGAAGAGCUUCUGCCAUGGGCCUUGGACCCUCGUUCAACCAUUGUCCUUCCCUCCUCAACUCGAACCGUGGAAGCCAUAACCGAAGUUGAAGCUUUCGCGCUCAUAGCCGAGGACUUGAAGUUCGUGGCGACGCAGUUCCGGAGGCUGCACUGCAAGCAGCUGAGGCACACGUUCAGGUUCCAUUCCCAUCAGUGGAGGACGUGGGCUGCUUGUUUCAUACAAGCUGCAUGGUUCAGGUAUAAGAGAAUGAAAGAAACGAGUGAGCUGAAGAGCAAGGAGAAUAUGAUGGUGUCCUAUGAUUAUGGGCCUGGAAGUGGUGGCAAUGAACAUUUCUCUGCACCCUUGCAGGGCCCAUUGGGCUCAAACUUUUAUGCUGCAAAGCUUGUGGCUAGCCCAAGGAGAGGUAGGAGCUUGAGAUAUGGUUCUGAGCUUGAGAUUCUUGGGGCAUUAAGGAAGCCCCUUGAGCCUGAUUUCACUCAUGAUGAAAGUUGAAGUAUGUUAAAUAGUUGUCCAUUUUGGAGAAGCCCCCCUAUUGAUUAGUGUGUAUGUUAGGUCCAUAAACAUUAGUGAGUUUUGACCAAAAAUAAACAUUAGUGAGUACUGUGUUGACCAAAACAAGGAACUAUGAAUGACUCUUCUUUUAGAUUAGGGCCAAUGAUGGAAAUAACAUAGCUCUGAGGCAAAAUUUUUAGGGAUAAAUGAUUCAAUUACUAGCUCAUUAUUAUCCUUCUCCA